CGUCGUCGUCGUCCGGUUGUGUGUUGGUGUGUGCCGCGCGCGGCUGAGGAAAAUCCAUCAUCCAACAACCUCUCCCCGGCAGAAGGAAAAACUGUGCCGUCUGUGGCGCUCGUGCAUUUGGCAGGACUCCGUGUGCUCGCUCGGUGUGUUCAUUCUCGGUGUGGUGCGCUCCCCCCAUGUUGGGUCUACAUACUUCUGGCUAGUGGAUGCAUGCAGGCUGGUUGGCUAGCUGGCAGAUGAUGGGGAUUUAUUUUCGGUUUUCGAUAUUCCAAUAAUAUCGCGACGCGUGGAGAAUAAAUAGCGUGAAACUUUAAAAAUAAAAGUGGAAGUGCGAUAAUAAUAACAGAAGACGAGACACGGCCAACAACAAAACCAGUUUUGUGAUAUUAAUAGUGCGAAUGUUUUGAAAACCGUCGGGAAAUAGAGGUAGGUUCCCCACUUCGCGGGUCUGGGUGUAUGUGCAACGGGAAUAGGUGGUGAAAAUUUUGUGUUUCUUUGCUUGGGAUUUUUUUUUUGCUUCGGGCAAAAGUGCACCGACGACGUCGAACAAUUGAUUGUGUUUUGACGCAAACGUUGCUGCUGCUGCUGCAGGAAAGGAAACGUGAUUUCCCUCACUCGUGUGGAAAAAAGGAAAACGGGAGGCGCAAAGGGAAACAGCAGGAAGUGGUUUUCCUUGAACGGAAAUUGCUGAAAAAAGUGAAACAACAUCGAAGGAAGAACACGGCUGAAAUAAAGAAAAAAAAAACGGUGAAAACCGAGAGUGAGAGUGACGUGAGACUACACGGUUAAAGCUAACGGGACGGCGUAAGAAGUCGGAAAAUUAGAUAAAUCAAGUGAGUUUGGAUCGUGCGCUGGUGUGUCGUGUCCCCCUUCUUUCUCGGCUGUGGAUCGGCCGGAACAACCUACGACCGUUUCCAGCAAACACCGGAAAACAGCAGCUGUGUUAUGAAACUUGUGCUUAAGGUGGAAACACUUCCUGCCGCUUUGGGUGUAGAAUCGGAAGAAUAAGAAGAAGAGUGAAGGAGGGAAAGAAGAGGAAAACUGCUGCGCGCGUGAGAAGCAUUCAAGAAGAAGGAAGCAAGAAAUCACGUCUCAAAGCGGGAGACCCGACCUCAGGUUUUUCCGCCAGGAGGGUCCCAGUGUGGAGUGUGCUACCGGUUUUGUGUGUUUCCUUGGUGCGCGGUGAGAGGGGGAAAAGCUAAGCAAGUGCUAUUUUCCACCGGCUAGCAGUGCGACAUAUUUCUGUUACGAUUCCGGUAUUGUGAAGUGUUGUUUUUUUUGUUUGGAUCGUUGAAUGCAAGCGUUGGCGGUUACGUGUUUUUGUACCGAGAAAGGUUUUUUGAUCUAGUGUGGGGUAUAAUACUGCGCUGCCAUCACAACCGCUACCACGGCGGCGUUGGGCAAUCAAUUCUCGGAGUAAAGCUGGAGGACGUAAAUUAGCAGAUUGUGUCCACGGCUGACGGCGGUGCAGCAGUUCAGCAAAGAGUUACAGUGUCGCAGCGGACAGAAUGGGGCGGAAAAAGAUACAGAUCUCACGGAUAACGGACGAACGGAACCGGCAGGUGACGUUCAACAAGCGCAAAUUCGGCGUCAUGAAGAAGGCGUACGAGCUGUCGGUGCUGUGCGAUUGCGAGAUUGCCUUAAUCAUCUUCAGCAGCACCAACAAGCUGUACCAGUACGCGAGCACCGACAUGGACAAGGUCCUGCUGAAGUACACCGAGUAUAACGAGCCGCACGAAUCGCUGACGAACAAGAACAUUAUCGAGUUGCAGGUAAACGCACAGAAGGAGAACAAAAAUGGCACCAUGUCGCCGGAUUCGCCCGAACCGGAGGACAGCUACACGCUGACGCCGCGCACCGAAGCCAAGUACAACAAGAUCGACGAAGACUUUCAGAUCAUGAUGCAACGGAACCAGCAGCUGUCGGCGAGCGGGCGAGUCAACAUGGCGGGGAACAGCUACUCGCUACCGGUAUCGGUGCCCGUCAUAGGGACCUACAACGAUUCCAGCAUGAUGCAGAGCAGCCCCCAGAUGGCACACAAUAGUAUUAGUCCGCGGCCUUCCAGCUCAGAAACCGACUCAGUGUAUCCCUCCGGUGGAAUCCUGGAGAUGUCCAACGGAUACCCACAUUCGGCGUCACCCCUCGGUGGAUCUCCCAGUCCCGGGCCGAGUCCAGGUAUUGGCACGCACCAGCAUAACCACAAUAACAAUAACCAUAACAAAACGAUUACCGCACUCACCGAUCCAUCCGGUUGGUGUGACUUCCUGCAACAUCAAACGAUCAAGCAAGGUUCCCCAGGGAGUGCGAAUGGGCGGUCAUCAAACCUCCGGGUAGUGAUACCAACGCCCAUGAACCCCACCAUCAACACCGACGAUCUUUCUUACGUGGAGCAACACACGCGGCAACAGACGUCCAACCUGAACACGCCGGUAGUGGCCCUGCAGACGCCCAUCCCGGGCCUGUCCAACUACACCACAACGCUCGGGUCGUUUGGCGCGCAGGACUUCUCGAUCAAUUCCGACCUGAGCAUGAUUGCCUCGUGGGGGGCGGCGGCCAGCAAUGCCCACGCGCAAAACGCCAUGAACUCCCUGGGACAGCACUCGAGAAUCUUUUUCAGCAGCGGUCUGCCACACCUGGCCGUACCGAAUAGUACACCUCCGCCGUCGACUUCGCCCCUGACGGUGAAGAUCAAGGCCGAGCCGAUUUCGCCACCCCGGGAACACCAGUCCUCCUCGCAUCACCACCAUCACCACAGUAAUCUGAGUGGUUCCGGUGGUGGUGGUGGUGGUGGCGGCCCCGGUGGGAGUGGUGCUAACGGUCAACAGAAUAACAAUCAGCUCACGGUGACGUCGAUGGCCCAGGUGGGAGGAGGGCACAGUAAUUCCCAGUCGGUGGCGCUCGGUAGCAGUUUGAACCAUUCGCAUCUGAUACAUUCGAGACCGUCGUCGACGGGGCACCUCACGCCGACGCCAGGUUCCCCUCUGUUCGCAGGCUCGGUCACACCUACCAACGCACCCUCGCCCGUGGACAUCAGACACAUCGGCGGCGGUGGCCACCUGCCCGACUACGACUCCCCGGUUGGCGCCAGCAGUGCCCAUAAAAGACCCAGAAUAUCCGAGGGAUGGGCCACAUAGCCCUCGAAGGGCGGUGGUGGUAGCGGCGGGGGAGGAUCUAGUGCACUAAUGUCCAACGGUAGUCAUCAUCAUCACCAACAGCAGCAGCAGUGUUCCUAUCUGGACGACAACUCGAACCAGAUUCAGAUGGGCGGGAAUGGCAGUGACGCUGACUACAGUAGGAAGCUGCAUCAGCAGCAGCAACAACAGCAGCAACAGCAACGAGCAACCUCGUCGCAGCAUCUCCAUCCUUUCUACCACAGCGCGAGUGUCAAUAGUAAUAGCAACAACAGUAAUCAUAGCAGUGUCGGUGGUUAUCCGAGCCAAUCCACGUCGCCGUACAACAACAAUAACAGUAACCAUAGUAAUCAUAGCGGGGGCGGUCAUCACCAUUCGCCGUCGCCCGUUGGAGCAAUGGGUCAUAUGCAUCAGCAACAGCAGCAUCAGCAGCAACAGCAACAUUACUGAACGGAGUAGGUGGGCGAAGGAUUGUCGGUACUGCAUCCCGACUCACAAAGAUCGUUAGAAGAUUCAGAUUCUGAAGAGAUUUCUUUUCGACAUUUGUUUUUUGUUUUGUUUAGGCGAGAAUGCGUAAUUGUAUAUGUAUGAGUAUGAGUAUUUUUUAAGGUAAUGAAUGCAUUGAUUGUGUGAAUAGACUGUAAGAGAAAGUGUUCUGAAACAGCGACAUCUUAACUUAUUGUGCAUAAAACGAGUUUCUUUUGCGUUAAGUACCGUUUUGGCGUGUGGCUUAUUUUCGAUUGUUUAUAUCUGCCAUUCUAAGCUGUAUUUGACCCAUUUUCUUUGAAAACCUUAUUGAUCAUGGGAUAGUUAUGGCUGCAAUUCGUUGGCAUCUUUCAACUAUGAUUUUCAUUACUUUCGAAUUUGGAAUUCCUAAAAGAAAUCCUUCGUUUGUUGCACCAUAAAUGCUUCUUUCAUUUAUUUACUAGAAAGUGAUUCUUUGAGUGCUUCUGGUCUAGAAAUUCCUCUUGAUAUUUUUGUAUUUUUAUUCUAUUUUUGUCCGUAGUGGUCAAAUAUUGUCUUUUAGGGUUUUAUAACCACCGUUUCUCGAGUUCUUCAGCGAUUAUCUGCACUAAUAGAGAGGAGCAUGAAUUUUAAACUUAGCUUCUAGCCCAUUAAGUGAAAGACUUUCAUUAAUCAAGCUGAGCUUAUUGUUGUCAAAUAAACCCUAACUACCGAAAUUCAGGGCUACAAACUUCAACAGAACAUGUUCUACGGCCAAAAGUGACGAUUGACGGGUUUAGUCGUAGGUAUUCCGUAUUUCGUAGGAGCUCCGCAAUUCAAUUUACCAAAAACUCCUCCGAAAAUGGCUCGAGAAAUUUAUUUGAAAACAUUCUAACUACGUCAAUGCCGUUUCCUCAGAUAUAAUCGAAGCACAGCCACAAGCUAAUACAUUUAUCUUACAAUUGUACAUAUAGAAAGUCCCCAGUCCACUGAGGUUGAAAACGCGAAAACGACGAUCGCGUUCCAUGAUUUUCGCUUUUCACAUUGAAAAUACUGACGAUCGCGCUUUUUGCGUUCUCAAUCACUGACUGUGACAUCGGGGCCAAACAUGUUUUCUUUUCAAAGUUAGUUUCUUAGCAUAAUUGUGUAUCGUUUUAGUUUUCAUUUUUCAUUUGGAUAAGUGCAAUACUAUUGAUUUACAUGAAGAAAAGUACACAGGACAGGAUCUACUCAACCAGAAUGAACCAGUUUUCCAGGUAAAACGGUGAAACCUAACAGUUCCAUCAGUCAAUUUUUUGAUAUAGAGCAAAAGAAAAGAAGUACUAGAUUGGCGACGAUACAAAGCGUACCAGAAUUACUACGCUGAAAUCUGAUAUAAUUGUAGCAUAAUUAGUAUUGCAUAGCGAUGCAAAAUUGAAUGGAAGAGUAAAAUCAAGAAGACGUACUGAAGAAAGCUGGGGGAACUCCCAUUCCCUCGACAUGAAUGUGGUGUUUCACAACAAUAAGUGUUGCUGUGUUCUUUUUAGGUUAAACAAACUCAGAAACAAAACCCAAAACGGUAGUGUGCAAACUAGUGUCAUUCUCGAGGAUUACAUUUGUGUAUUACUUAUCUGUUUACAUGUGAGAUAUGUUUGAUGUACCAGAAUGUCAACAAAUACAAAUAAGAAAACCAGAAAACACGUGCGUGUAUGUGUGUCGUAAGAAAACAUUGUGUGCGAGCAAGUGAGAGGAAAUCCUGCAGCAGACUCGAAAGCAGUUGAAGGUUCAAAACCUGCCCUGGAACAAAAAAAAAAAAAACUUGCACGUGUUAUUCGUUCAAACCUGUCAGAAAACUAUUGCCGAUUCUAGUACGUCACUCGCGAUCGUAGGGUGCCAAGAGAGAUAGUCAUUAUUUACAGUUACACAAUUCAGAGAAACGGAAACAUGAAGCGUCUCGCACUUAACCUACCUAACCUGACUCUACUCUAGUGCAAAAAAGCCUUUCAAAGUGCGUCACAAUCAUUUCCCACUGGGAUAAAAACAUUAACAUGAAUAGGAAACGGAUUUCACAAGAAUGAAGAUAACGGACGAUGGUAUGGGACGCACUAGAUUGCUAGAUCUAGUACGGCCGCCAAUCGUGUCAGUUAGAAAACAACAAGAAUCAAUAUGAUACUCAUAAGCUUAGAAGAAAAAGGAAGUAUCUGGAUGGGAUUCGAGCCGCGUGGCAACGCCCUCUCUGAUCAAAUCCACAUAUCAUUCGGAAACGAGAGAGAUUUCCUUGUUGGGGAGUGUUGCCGAGGCCUACUUUGGGCCGAACAUCGCGGUGCAAAAUCCCUUAGUUGCUUGCAAGAGUGAGCGCGCGAGAAUGAGAGAAUCGAGAAGAUCUACGCGACUUUUAUUCUUUAGGUAAUAGGUUCAAAUUGAGCAGUGCAACAACCCUAGAAUGGAGUAAACUCUCAACAACAAACAAUUAUAAGAGAAACCUGAAGAAAAAAAAAACUAGGUAAAACAUAGUUUGUGUGCCAUUAAUAGGAUUACGUACCAGAGAAUUAAAUCAUGUAUAUUUUUAGACACAGAAAGAGUCCAGUAAACAGUAAAGUAUGGAAGCAUUGAUUUUAAACGAGAGUUUUCUUCCGUUUUCACACCGCCUCCGACAUGAUCUAGUACUGCAGAACAAACUGCUGUCGUGCAAUUACGCCACAUUUGCUUCAAACUCUAGAAUGUUGGACACAAAGUUCCAUUAGAAUUCCCUUCCGUUUGCAAUUCGGCCACAAUGCCGCGCAUGUAUAUUGUUCUUUUUUCUGUUUUUCGUCACUCGUUUCGUUUCUAGUUCUAGUACUGCGUAGCUGUACCCUUCGUGAAAGUCACAAACACACGCAUGCAAAAUGAUAUUUAUUUCCGCCAGCAAUCUUGAGUUUGAUAGAGUUCUUGUAUACUUCACACCGGUUAGAAGUGAUUUGCUGAAUUUAGGCAAUGAAACAGCGUAAUAUAUUACGUAGGAGGAAAUUAUCCUAUACAAACACUGUAUAAAUUAUAGGAGCAAGCGAGAGUAAAACUGCAAGCGUGUUCUGCAACACAAAUUUCGAGAAAACCGGAGAGACAGAGAGAAUGAAAUCACCCCCAGAACUUCACAGGCCAAAUAUUAGCGAGUGUUGAAUGAACAAUGAGGAGAAAAAUGUAAUGAUUCUGAGAGGUAGCGAAAUUAUAGCAGAGCGCAGUGCUGCAGCGACAGGAAAGAGACGGCAGAUUACAUAAAAUUCAUUCGUAGAUGGUAUCGGUUUUUGCUCUUUCUGUUUUAUUUUUAGCAUAUUAGUUGACUUCUAGUUUAAAUUUCCUUUUUCCAGUCAUAGGUUUAUAAAGUCUUAAUUUGAAAUAAAAGAAAAUGACUUUUACAUUGA